GCUGCUGGUACCCAUUAGAGUAACAUGCCUGAGCCGACCAAGUCCGCGCCCGCCCCGAAGAAGGGCUCCAAGAAGGCGGUGACCAAGGCACAGAAGAAGGAUGGCAAGAAGCGCAAGCGCAGCCGCAAGGAGAGCUACUCGGUGUACGUGUACAAGGUGCUGAAGCAAGUGCACCCCGACACGGGCAUCUCCUCGAAGGCCAUGGGCAUCAUGAACUCGUUCGUGAACGACAUCUUCGAGCGCAUCGCGGGCGAGGCGUCGCGCCUGGCGCAUUACAACAAGCGCUCGACCAUCACGUCCCGGGAGAUCCAGACGGCCGUGCGCCUGCUGCUGCCCGGGGAGCUGGCCAAGCACGCCGUGUCCGAGGGCACCAAGGCCGUCACCAAGUACACCAGCUCCAAUAUCCUGUGGAGCAAAUUCUAUCUUCCCUCUUUUAAAGUGGAGGAAAUUAAAUGAGAAUGGACCACACUGAAGUCACAGCUUAUAUAUCCCGUCUUGUGUGAAUGCAGAAACCCCCAUUUUCCAAAAAAAAUAAUUACACAAACCUUGAAAAGAAAAUAUGUAAUACAUUAUAAAAUUAAAUAUCUCAAAUUCUGUCAAGUUUCAAUAAAAUUUCUUUCAUUACUUUUA